AUCAGCAAGGGGCCUGCGCCAGCCGGUACGCGGGAAUAGGACGGGCCGCGGCAGACUCGCGCCGGAGCCGGAGACGCGGUCCAUCCAAGUGCCGCACCAUGGACGCCCCAAAACAAGUGAUCAACUUCGGGCCCGGGCCUGCCAAGCUGCCCCGCUCGGUGUUACUGGAGUUGCAAAAAGAAUUACUAGACUACAAAGGAGUUGGCAUUAGUGUUCUUGAAAUGAGUCACAGGUCCUCAGAUUUUGACAAGAUUAUUAGGAACACAGAGAGUCUGGUGCGAGAAUUGUUAGCUGUGCCGGACAACUACAAGGUGAUUUUUGUGCAAGGUGGCGGAUGCAGCCAGUUCAGCGCUGUUCCCUUAAACCUGAUCAGCCUGAAGGCUGGGAGAUGUGCUGACUACGUGGUCACAGGAGCAUGGUCAGCGAAGGCCGCAGAGGAAGCUAAGAAGUUUGGGACCGUGAACGUCGUCCACCCUAAACUCGGGAGUUACACCAAGAUCCCAGAUCCAAGCUCCUGGACCCUCAACCCAGAGGCCUCCUAUGUGUAUUUCUGCGCGAACGAGACUGUGCACGGCGUGGAGUUUGACUUCAUCCCUGAUGUCAAGGGUGCGGUGCUGGUCUGCGACAUGUCCUCCAACUUCCUGUCCAAGCCGGUGGAUGUUUCAAAGUUUGGUGUGAUUUUUGCGGGUGCCCAGAAGAAUGUGGGCUGUGCCGGGGUCACGGUGGUCAUCGUCCGCGACGACCUGCUGGGGUUCGCCCUCAGGGAGUGCCCCUCAGUCCUGGAGUACAAAGUGCAGGCUGCAAGCAACUCACUGUACAACACGCCUCCGUGUUUCAGCAUCUAUGUCAUGGGCCUGGUGUUGGAGUGGAUUAAGAACAAUGGUGGGGCAGCAGCCAUGGAGAAGCUUAGCUCCAUCAAAUCUAAGAUGAUUUAUGACAUCAUCGAUAAGUCUCAAGGAUUCUACGUAUGUCCAGUGGAGCCGCAGAAUAGAAGCAAGAUGAACAUCCCCUUCCGCAUUGGCAAUGCCAAGGGAGACGAUGCUCUGGAGAAAAGGUUCCUCGAUAAGGCGCUGGAGCUCAAUAUGAUCUCCCUAAAAGGACAUAGGUCGGUAGGCGGCAUCCGGGCCUCCCUGUACAAUGCUGUCACAGUAGAAGAUGUGCAGAAGCUGGCGGCCUUCAUGGAAAAUUUUCUGGAAAUGCAUCAACUGUGAACACACGCUAAGUGGUCUGGACUCUGCCCUUGAGUGCCGCAGGGUAGAGAACCAUGGGAAGUGGCUGCAGAAACAUGAAAGACUUGGCAGUGUUUUCAAAUGAACGUGGUGAUUGCGGAUUCUUCACUUUGCAAAGAACACAGCGAAACUUGCAGAGUUCUGCAAAGCUGAUGGGACCACCAGCUAACGGCCACUUUAGUCCCAACUGGAACUGGAAAUUUCUUUUUAAUCAUCCUGUUGCUUUUCUAACAAAUUCUGGUCUAAUUUUAUCUUCACUGCUGCUUGUUUUUAGGUAGAUGUCAGUGUCAGAACUUGCCUGGGACGUCAUUGUACAGGGCAGGUGUUUCUGAAGCUGUGCACACACGGCACCGGCUUGGGGCGGAGGUGUGGACAGCAGUGGGUCUCUCGGCUCCCAGGGCCGAUGGCGCAGCUCGGAGCAGCAUGGGGAGGGCUGUGGAGUUCCAGGCGAAGGGUGGAGCGGGACAUCUCUUUAUAUCAUUAGCCUCAUGAAGAGAUAAAUGAUUCACUGUAAAUGGUUCUACUCUAAGGUCGGUUCUUAACACACAUAGUUUAUAUCUCUAUGCUUUUAUGUUUCUGAUAAAAUGGUGCUUUGUGAUACAUGCAGAGACUUAGAAUGUGUCCAAUCCCUGUGAUGCGCUGCUUCGUGAAAAGGUUCUGCAAGUUCCACAAUUCACUUUUUAAAAGUCUCUUUUGAACACGCGAGUUCCAGGUCCAGUGGAGGGUCCUUCCCCGUGGGGCUCUGGUCAACAUCUCAUGUUGACUGUGGAGAAUAUUAAAGGCCUCAAACACUGAAACCCUUGGCAGUAAAAACUUCUCUACUGGCCUUUUAGACAAAUGUUUGUUUUUUAAACUUGUUGCUGGAAAAACUAGUCUAAAAAUGGGGCCCGGUAAGAGUAAAUUGAUUUGAUCGAAGGUGGAAGACUUGAGUGUUCUGCAAAUAUUUUUGAAAAGUUCAAGGCAGUGUGGUAGUUUUCCAUUGCUUUCUAACAGACAUUUCCAGCCAGCAGUGCUCCCACACAGCUCACAGUGCAUGGUUCGGUGACCUCUGUCCACCUGCCCCAGAAGCCUGUGCUGUCACCUCUGGCUGUGUAACGAGGACUCAGCUGCGUGUGCUGCUGCGUGGAGCCCCUGGUCAGCCCCGGCUGCCCUGGCUGGAUUCUCAUGGGUAAGAGGAGAGUUGAAAUAACUCUCCCGCUGACCUCCGGUGGUUAAGGGGUAAAGCCGGGGCUUGACGCACUUGAAGAAUGAUCACAGUAAAUCAGCAGCAAGAGCCGGCCAGUCCGUGGGACCUGACCCAGUGUCCCAGACAGCAGUGGGCUACCCAGCGCACCCUCCCUACCUCCCAGGUGGUCGCACAGGCCUGUUGUCUGAGCCAGCCCUGUUUUUCUCAAUGUUUCUCGAAUCUCCGUUGAUGUCAUGCCAGCUGUGGUGUGUCAGCCUGAGUGGACACUGCCCAUCUACACCUCCCACCACAACCAGCUGGACUUCCCAUGUGCCCCUGUGGACACAUGGGAGGUGUGACCAAAAGGAGCAGCUAGUGCUUAUAUAAAAUUGCAGUACAAGAUAACAUUGCCAUUCCCCGCCGCGCCCUCGCUGCCCCUUGCAUUGAGCACAGUUGUCCCCGUCCUGGAAGUUGUCUUUUGUAAGUGGCUUUAGUUGGCUGUCCUGCUGAAUUUGUUUUGCUUUUUGCUUUUUGUUUUUUUUGAGAGAAGUUGGCCUCGAAUUCACGUAGCCUAGGCUGGCCUCAAACUUGUGGCGAUCCUCCUGCCUUAGCCUCCUGAGUGCUGGGAUUACAGGCCUGCACCACCACACCCGCAUGCUGUGGCCAUUUUGAUGUUCUGAAUCAAUUUAAAAUACUUAGCUUUUGUGGUCAUUUUGCCUUUGAGGAAGAGCCAGAAGUUUUACAUCCUGGAUCUGGUGAUAAGGCGGGUGAGGACACUGUGUUUAUGAGCAGCCUUUUUGUUGGAUGGUGCUCGGCAUUUGCCAUAUUUUUGGUCACUUAUGAAAGGGCUUCAGAACUUCAGAACGUGACAGGAGCAAUGCAGUGCGUGUGUUUAGAGGGGGAAUAUUUUCAGAGCGAUUGAUGGCCGUGUGUUUACUACAGUAAUAUGUUUGUUUUUUGAGACAAAGUCUCACUCCAUAGUUCAGCCUGACCUUGAGCUUAUGAUGAGCCUCCUGCCUCAGCCUCUUGAGUGCUGGGGUCACAGGUGUGCACCACCACACCUGUAACAUGUUUUCUUAAUUGAAACAUUUUCUGUGUAUUUUGAUCACCCCACGUUAAAAACCUCGGGCUUCGGGGGCAGUCCCUGCCCUGUGGCAUUAGACUGGCCUCUGUCUCGGGUGCUGAUGUCCUUGGAAGUGGCUGCCGUCUGGCCACGUGUGACAGUUCCUACACGGGAGACCCUGUUCCCACUGGGUGAGACUAGCCAGCCCCAGCCUGGCUUGUGCUCCUGUUUAUCAGCACAGGGGCUUUUGUUUCUCUGUUCUCACUGUGCAGAGCUUUCCUCCUCUCAGAGCAGCUCUGUUCUGCCCUCACCUUGCAGAGGCUGCUGUCUGUGGGAGCAGCUCGGUCCUCCCCCGGGCUCCUCUCCAGCUGUGCCCUGAGAGGUGCUGGACACUGCGCUGGCCCUGGGAGCCCCCAACUUGCACAGGUCUUCCCGAGGCUGCACCCUGGACGUGGGGCGGGAAAGACAGAGGUGUGAUCUCAGCUGUGUGAUCAUUUUCAGAAGUUUAGCAUAGACCACAGUUAUUUUCUACUGAAAUGGUCCAGUGUGAUUCCAUGAUUGAAUAAGAACUUCUAAAGUCCUAGAGGUUCCUUAAAACGCUAAAUCUGAGCGCUUUUGGGAAAUAGGCAGCAGCUGAUGGGGAGCCAUGGGGAGGCUGUGGGGCGUGGACUUAGGGAAAGCAGUUAGACUCAUCCUCUGCGCGUUCACUGAGCAGGGCAGGGGUAGGGGUGGGGAGGCCAGGUGCAGGCGGCCUCCUGCAGACCAGGAGCCAGGUAGAUAGACACCAGGCCUUGGGCACCCACAGGGGCUAGGUGGGGGCACCUGCCUUGCCUCCCUUGGGCUUCUCUAAAGUGUACUUUCCCAGCUGAAUGGGAAGUGUUCUUGUUCAAAGUUCUUUAUGAAUCAUCCUCACUCUGUGCCAUCCCAGUCAGAAGCACCCUUGCGCCUGUGUUUGCUAUGUUCUCCACACACCAUGGCCUUAUCUCCACCCCCGUUUAUGAUCCAGUUCCCAGGGAUACUCCUGAGACUGACCUGUUCGUGAUCUAGUGUGUCGAGUCCUCCAGAGUCCAUGCGGGACUCUUUUUUUUUUUUUUUUUUUUUUUUUUUUUUUGUCUUUUUCCUUUUUAUCGGUACCGGGGAUCGAACUCACGACCGCCUGCUUGCAAGGCAGGUGCUUAUGCCGCUGAGCUAAAUCCCCAGCCCCUCCAUGCGGGACUCUUAACGCUAGACCUGCGACUGUUGGUAACUCAGUGCUCCGAGGCCGUGCGCUUACCGUGUUGUGUUUCUCUUCUGUGAACAAGAAGCAAAUGGUUCCGCUUCAGUUCCUCUUGCUCCCAUUGGGUCAUCUUUGAGAUCUUAAUGCUGCUUCCUCACAGCCUAGCGGCUAACACUGGAGAGUCUGGCAUGCUUUUGGGUGAACUUUGUGGGGUAACAAGUAAUUCUUCCUCCUUUUAAGGCCAAAGGAGCCACCGAGACCCUAAAAAUAGACAAGAUCCAUUGAUAGAUGAUGAGGUGUCCAGCUCUGCCACGGGCACUGCCAGGCUGGCCUCGUGUCCACUGUGAUGAAUAUUUGUCAGGUUCUUUGGAAGGAAAACAGUGACGAAGAGUCUUCUCACGUUUGAUUUGAAUGCAUGUAAUUAAAAUGUGAAAUGCUGUUGAGUUCACUAAGAAAUCAAUUGCUUUAAUUGGAAAGAUGGCUCCUUCCCUCUGUCCAUAAUUGGGCUCUUGGUAAUUUGAAAAUUAGAAUCCCUGACAGCUUGUGAUAAAUUGGCUCCUUUUGGGCUAAAGCAGGUAACAAGUUCUAAUUACCUCUGGAUUAUUCCAGAAUGGAUGGGUAAUCUUGAUCAAAGCGAUCCUGGGAACGAAAAGCUAGCAGUGAGCAAAGGUUUACUGAAAUUUUAAAAAGAAGCUAACGAAUAAAAUAUCUUGAUAUGACAGAAACAAGAGCUUGCAUAUUUUAAGUCCUAGAAAUGUAAAUUGGAAUUUCUAAGGAAAUGCUUGAUAUAUUAGAAAAACUAUACACAGAAUAGUAUAUAUACAGAAAUUCUUUAGGUUGCCAGCCCUGCUUACUUGUUAGAGCACAAGAUUAUGACAGCCUUGGCCCUCACUUGUACUUUGAAUUUUUAAACAAAUAAGUAGCUUGCAGUAAGUUUAAUGAAGCUUAAAAUGUUUAUUCAAGUGAAGAAAUAAAUUCCUAAAAAUACAGACAGAUUAAUAAAUUCGCUGACUCCA